AAUGGAGUACUUAACUAAUGAAAAACUCCUUAAAUAAUAACAAUCAGCUCUAUUUUCUAUCAACAAUUCUCGUUCUAAUAGUGUUUCACGAUUUCCCAUUCCUAGUCAAAGAGCCGUCCAUGAUCCAGUACAACCAUUAAGAUCUGCAGAUUUGUUUAAUAAAUUAGAAGACAUAUUAAAAUAAAAGUAAUUGAGUACAACAACAAGAAAGAGAUAAAAAUAAAUAUCAUGUAUUUUAAAUUCAUAAGCUUGUAAUGAUGAUAAAAAAUAACAAAAUAUAGAAGCUAGUUAUUAUAAAUCACCUAUUAGAUUAGUUGAUGUACAAACAAAUGGUUUCAUUGAUGUAAUAUGUUUAUAUCUAUUAUGAUCUAUAGAAUAAUAUUGAAGUUAGAAAUAGAAGAUAAACUAUAUUUAUUGGAUCACCUCCAUUUAACUAAUCAAAUUAAAGUAACAAAAAGAGAAAUACUAUUUAAAAUCAAUUUCAAGAAAAUUUAAAUUAAAAAAAAAAAGAGAGUCUUAAAAGGUUUGAAGUAGAGUUUAAUAAUAUGUAAGAAAAGAUUAGAGGCAGAAAUAAUGUAUAUUUAUAUAUAUUUAUAUUAGUCUGUUUUAUUUGAAGAAUAAGAAAAUAUUAAAAGAAAUUAAAUUAAAGAAAGAAAAAUAGAUUUGA